GAGGGAAGGAAAAAGAGCGGGGCUGUUCCAUCAGCCACUUCGCGGCGGACCAGGAGGCGGGCGGGCAUUUUUCUUUGUGGUCCGAGUCACCAAACGAGGGAAAGGGACGCGAUCAUGAGGGGAUUCGGCGGAGACCGUGACCGGAGCAGAGAGCGGGGAAGCCCACGGUUUGGAGGGCUCAGCCGUGGUGGCCCAUCGCUUGGGAAGAAGUUCGGACAGCCAGGUGAGCGCCUGAGGAAAAAAAAGUGGGACCUUGAUGACCUGCCAAAAUUUGAGAAGAACUUCUACGUGGAACACCCAGACGUCGUUAGAUUGACUGAUUUUGAGAUCGAAGAGUUCCGUAAAAAGAAAGAGAUCACAACAAAAGGAACCAACUGUGUAAAACCAGUCACGCAGUUUCACCACGCCAGCUUCCCAUCCUAUGUGAUGGACGUCCUGGCCUCACUGAACUUUGUGGAGCCAACACCGAUCCAGUGCCAGGGUUUCCCUGUGGCGCUUUCCGGGCGUGACAUGGUUGGAAUCGCUCACGGCUCUGGCAAAACUCUUGCAUACUUGCUGCCCGCCAUUGUGCACAUCAAUCACCAGCCAUUCCUGGAGCGCGGUGAUGGUCCCAUCUGCUUGGUGUUAGCACCGACUCGAGAGCUGGCACAGCAGGUGCAGUUGGUGGCAGAGGACUACGGUAAAUCUUCGCGGAUAAAGAGCACCUGUAUAUAUGGAGGUGCACCUAAAGGCCCACAGAUCCGGGACCUGGAGAGAGGAGUGGAAAUCUGCAUCGCGACCCCAGGCCGUUUAAUUGACUUUCUGGAAGCCGGGAAGACUAACCUGCGGCGCUGUACGUACCUGGUGUUGGACGAGGCCGACCGGAUGCUGGAUAUGGGCUUCGAGCCUCAGAUCCGGAAAAUUGUGGAUCAGAUCAGGCCGGACAGGCAGACGCUGAUGUGGAGCGCCACCUGGCCAAAAGAGGUCCGGCAGCUAGCAGAGGAUUUCCUGCGGGAUUAUGUACAGAUCAACGUGGGAGCCCUGGAGCUGAGCGCCAACCACAACAUCCUGCAGAUUGUGGACGUGUGCCAGGAGACUGAGAAAGACCUCAAGCUGCUUCAUCUGAUGGAGGAGAUCAUGGCAGAGAAAGAGAACAAGACCAUCAUCUUUGUGGAGACAAAGCGGCGUUGUGACGAACUGACCCGCAGGAUGAGGCGAGAUGGCUGGCCAGCUAUGUGUAUCCAUGGAGACAAAAGUCAGCCGGAGAGAGACUGGGUUCUCAAUGAAUUCCGGACAGGAAAGGCUCCGAUCCUUAUAGCAACUGACGUUGCCUCUCGUGGUCUAGAUGUGGAGGACAUCAAGUUCGUCAUCAACUACGAUUACCCCAACUCCUCUGAGGACUACGUGCACCGCAUUGGCCGAACAGCCCGCAGCACCAACAAGGGCACGGCCUACACCUUCUUCACCCCCGGCAACGUCAAGCAAGCCAGAGAGCUGAUCAAGGUGCUGGAGGAGGCUCAUCAGGCUAUCAACCCCAAACUCCUGCAACUUGUGGAUCACGGCAGAGGAACCAGCAGAGGAGGUCGAUCUCGUUACCGCCCGUCCGGCUCCAACCCCAACACCAUGUACCGCGAGGACAGAGACCGCGGGCGGCGAGGAGACCGAUUCCGAGACCUGGACAGCGACCGGAGGGACCGGGGGGAUGGCAGGGGCAGGUUUGGGGGGCAGCGAGAGAGCGGGGACCAGGGGUUCCGCUCGACCCAGCAGACCAGCACCUUCGGGAGCGGCGUAUUUGGGACCCAAACCUCCACCCAGUACCCCAACUUCACCCAGGGCGGGGUGUACGGGGGGGCCACCCAAAGCAUCUUCGGGACCCCAGGCUCCACGGCCUUCGGGAAGGCGGGGGGCUUCCAGGCCACCAACGCCGCCAGUAGUUUUGCGAGCGCUGGGUAUCCGGCUAGCACUGCGGGGGCCACGUAUGGCUCGGCCACCUUCGGGAGUUCAUCCUCAACAACUGCGGGGAGAACGGCACAGGCCUCAAGCCUACUGUCCAGGCAGAACGGGCUAGGCCAACAGCCACAACCACUGCUAGCACAGGCCUUCCAGCAGGGCGGGUCACUGCUGAGCUACAUGACCCAGGCCGGCUAUCAAUACCCCCCUCCCCCCCCUCCUCCCCCUCAACAAGGUACAGCCAGGAAAUAAUCUUGAUUUUUUUUAUAUAGAAGCAUUUGCAUUUUAUUCCCCCAGUUUAUAGAGGCUUAGGGAUCAACUCUGUUUUCUACUGAAGAGUAAAAGUUUAACGAGGAGAGAGAGAGAAAAAAAAAGUAACCUGUACAAUAGCGUCCAAUUUUCCAUUAUUUUUAUUUUGGGGUGGGGGGGGUUUUGAUUUGUUUUCCCGCGAUUAUGGUGCUGUGUGUGUGCGAAGGGGGGAGAGAGAGAGAGGGAGCGCGAGGCUGACACCAGUGAUCGAAUGCGGGCUGAUCUGAUCUCUCUUGAAGCUUGCUGAAUCCAGACACCGUACGUACUGACUCGCUCGCCUGUCGAUUUAAUGCUAAAUAAAUCAUGGUGUACAGCCGCACUCGCUGAUCACUCACUCACUCGGUGAAAGGUAACCGAUCGCUGGAAUCAGUGCUCGAAUUUUGAGCCCUCUUGUGUUUGCGGAACGUGUUUGCUUUGAGCUCCUGCAGUGACCCUCCCAUCCUCUUGAUUUAUAAUUUUUAAAACAAAAAAAAAUUGCCCCUUAUCCACUCUUUUAUAUAAAAGGUAGGUUGUUUUUUUUUGUCUCAGUGUUUUCUUGUGUCAACCUGAAGGAAGUCUUGUCAGUUGUCAGCCUACAUGGUUUUUUUUUUGCGUGUGUGUGUGCUUUGUGACUGGCUAGUACGGGCCUUCAGAGGAGGGGUAGUUUGGCUCAGAUCAGAAAAAAGCAACGAAACGUUGAAGAUUAAAUCACUUUUUUUUUAAAAAAGUACACGUACCAUCAAGUACAGUUUUGCCACGUGUGUGUGUUUUUUUAAUGGUGUAUUUGCUGACGUGUGAUGGUUAUUCCACUAAAGACGUGUAUAAAUCUGGGCCGACCGGAACUUUUAGAAUCCACGCUCCGGUGAGUUGUGUCUCCUCUCCUCCCCACAUACCAUUUAAACACUGGAACCCCUGGAAUGAAUUCUUGAAACCUAGUGAGGUGUGGAUCACUGUGGCGUCCAGUUAAACCCCGCUAUUGUUACUGAGAAGGAGAAUUUUUCAGGAGGGGAAAGAACAGGGAUGUUUGCUUGUGGUGAGGGAGUCUGCGUCUGUAGCCAGUUCAGUCGUCCGUGUGUGUGUGUGCGUCUUGCUUUGUCGGGGUCAGCAGAGAGGCUCAUUGACCACAGCUCCACUGUUGGUUCUUGUACAGAAUAGAUUCUAAUCCGUUCAGCUGGUUUCCAAUCAAGUGCUCGGCUAUUUCCCCCUCUCCCUCCCUCUCUUUUCCCCAUGGGGUACAUUUCCUGAGCAGUACAAUCUAGAUAUGUCCCCGGCAAUUCACCGCAGCUACACAAUAGCUCCAUUUGCAGGGAAAUUAAUGGCUGAGCGUUUUAAACUGCGUUCGGUUCUAUGGAUGACUCCUACCUGAUAUAUCGACUCCACCUGAAAACUAGUUGAAGGGAACUGAAUGGAGCCGUUACCUCUGAAAGUGGGUUCCCUUCUGCCACAGAAAACGCCGAGUUGUUAAACCCCGUUUUAUCCCCAGUUCUUGUUCAGAGACGGGUUAAACUUCGCCUCUACAUUCUGUGGUGCUUUUAUUUUGAUGCUUUUGAGCUCAGUUAACGUGGAUUCUUUAAUGGGUUUUCCUGACAAACAUCAGUGGCUGUUGCCGGAUCUCCCCAUACCACGUAAAAGCUCGACAUUUGUGCUACCGGGAAAUAAAAUGCAAGGAUUAAUUAAUUUUUAACAGGAUUAUUCAGUGCUGGACGCACCUUUAAAAAGGUAGGUGUUUUUUCUUAGAUGAUGUUGCAUAUUUAACGGAGGGAGUCGAGCCUUUUGUUUUAGGCUUUUCACCGAUACGCAUCGCGGCUGAUUUUUCUUUCGAGCUGUGACACCCGCUGGUGAAGGAGGUUGGGGUAGGAUUUGGGGGCUACAACAAGAGCCGAGCCAUGGCAAAGCUUUCCCGCUCUUCCCCCGGACCAGACCUCUCCCGCCAGACUGCAGAGUUACUGGGGAGCAAACGGAUCCAACGUCUUGUUGGGCAAAUAAUAUCCGACAAAAGCUCUUUUUGAGACCCCCUCCCCACCCCCCCAAAAAAGGUCAUUACAGCCCUAGUUGCAGUCGGCUGUAAACCGCAGUGUUCUGGAGCUGAGCUGACGGGUUGGUUGGUUUGGACGGCCUCUGUGUGUGUUGCGAGUGAGUGAGUUGCUCUGCUUUCGGUCAUCGCUCCCGAGAACCUGCUCUCCUUCGAAACUGCCGCACUUUGCAAACCCGUUGAUCAACCAGUUACUGUCGAGUAGCGGCUGUCGCUGGGACUGACUGACUGACUGACUGCCGAGAGAGGGGGAGGGAGGGUGGUGUUCACAUCGGGAGACGUGCCAACUGGUGGCAUUUGAUACCGCGCAGUUCGAGCCUUGUCCACCUCGCUGUAGGGGGUUUGUUGUGGGUUUUACACAUGGCUGGGCUGAGGGGGGGGGGAGGUGGGAGUUCCCGCACGGGUAGCCAGGCCAACGAGACCCCCCCCCCCUUAAAUCUUUCCUAGUGCUGCUGCAAACUGACCAGAGAAACUAACUGUGCGGUAGGCCAUGAUGUGAGCAGAACCUCUUAAGCCGAACGCCGGGGAGAAAUGCCUCAGCCUGGACGUUGGGGUCACUUUGUCUUGUUCCUCUCCCCUCCAUCUUGGGGGGUGUGUGUGUGUGCAAUGUUUAAUGUGUGUUACAUACGUACAUGGAUGUAGCCGGACUUUGAUGACCCACAGAGCUGGAACCGGUGCUGAACCCAUCCAGGUUGGGGGGGGGGGGGUUCCAGGGAUAAUCGUCCGCCUUCUGUGAGUCAAUCGCUGCAUAAAACAGCUCACCUAUUUUUCUAUAGUCACUGAAGGACUCGGGUCAGUGUAGAUCGAACUGUUUUGUGGCUUUUUUCCCAAUUGCAGGAUGAGAGGUUCCUCUUGAGCUUUUAUUAGUGAAACGCUAUUCUGUACCUUUAGUCUGACUUAAACCCCCCCCAAAAAAACAACAAUACACCAAGUAGGGAUGGGCCAGGCUCGAUCUGUUGACCACGUGUAAAAUGUCCACCUCCCGCAACCAGUGACCCGGACGAGUCCUGUUCCUCUCCUCCCGUCAGUGCUGGAAGGUCGGACCUUGUGGCGCUGUUCUCGGUGUCGAUCUCUGUGCUAUUUUGAUACUGUAACUGGUUUUCUCGUAUUUUGCAACGCAAGUAAUAAAGGAUAUUUACCAAA